CGCAGUCAACCUUGUAGGAAUAGCUGUUCCGUGAUCGGGGGGUUGGGCCGCAAAAAGCGAACUGAGUCUUUAAGAAUUUUUUAUGUCCGCCAUGUUGGCCAUGGCGUACUGUGCCAGAAAAAGGGACCGGACCUACUGGUAAAAGUAUACCGAGAGAGGUCGAACGAGAGCCGGGCCUUCCCGGUUUCGCUCGCUCCGCAAUAUUAUACCUACACUCAAUCCAAACUUAGUCUCCGGAAUAACGCAAUAAAAUGAAAGCUGUAUUCAUAUCAGUUGUGAACACUAGCAGAUCGGAUACAUUCCUGCUGCAACUUGUGUUGUGAAAAAAUGAGUAAAUUGUAUUUUCGUGCACGGGCGCUGGACGCUCCUCUACCUGUUAUCCGUUGUGAGGAUUUACCCGAUUUGCACGAAUAUGCAUCUAUGAAUCGGGCUGUGCCACAGAUGCCAACGGGGAUGGAAAAAGAGGAGGAAUCGGAGCAUCAUCUGCAGUGGGCAAUCUCAGCACAACAGGUGUACGGGGAGAAAAGGGACAACAUGGUGAUUCCUGUGCCUGAGGCCGAGAGCAACAUCACCUACUAUGAGAGCCUUUAUACAGGUGAUUUUAUGAUGCCCAAGCAACUCAUUAACAUACAGUCCUUAGGCUUGGACACAGAGCAACCAGAUUAUGACCUGGACUCAGAUGAUGAGAUGUUUGUUUCCAAGCUAAGGAAGAAAAUUGAGGUGGGGGCACUGCAGUUUGAAGAGAUGAUUGAUCGACUAGAGAAAAGCAGUGGGAAACAGUUGGUGACUUUAAAGGAGGCAAAACUCCUUUUCAAGGACGAUGAUGAGUUGAUCAGGGAGGUCUUUGAGUAUUGGAACAAGAAGAGAAAAUUAUGUCAAAGUGGUUUUCUCAAUCUGGCUGUAAAACAGGAAAAACGAGAUGGUUCAAUCUCUAAUGACCCCUAUGUUGCCUUCAGGUGCAGGACUGAAAAAAUGCAGACCAGGAAGAAUCGCAAUAAUGAUGAUGUUGUAUAUAAAAAGAUGUUAAAAUUAAGGAGAGACCUGAGCAGAUCCAUUAACAUAUUGGAAAUAAUAAAGAGAUGCGAGAAGAGCAAGCGAGAAUUGCUCCACUUUACUCUGGAGAUAGUGGAGAAGUGUAAUGGCUUGGCUGAUUUUGAGGGUAAGGUAAUGACUGAAGUUUUGGCUCAGAGGGCACUAGAGAGGUUGUCUAGUCCCCUGAUGCUUUUUAACACCAGCUGCAAGUACAGACAUACAGAACAUGACCAUGACUGCAAGAACAAGGUGGAAAAGCCAGAAGUGAUACUAGAGAAGAGGAAGUAUGAGAGGAAACCAAAGCCUGUGCUUCUAUCUGGUCACUCUGUCCCUGCAGCAGUCAACAGUAAAGCCCAGUAUAAUUUCCCCUGCUCAGAUGUCGAGUCCCGCUCACAGGUGGGCCAGUUCAGCACCUGGGCUCUUCUACUAUGAAGACCUGCCAUUGUAAUAGAUACAAUAUGUGGUUUCUCAUUGUUUGCUGCAGUUUGCAUGGCCUUCCCUAAGGAGACAUCAUAUACCCC